AUGAAGGAGCCGGAUGCCAUCAAGCUGUUUGUGGGGCAGAUCCCGAGGCAUCUGGAGGAAAAGGACCUGAAGCCCAUCUUCGAACAGUUUGGUCGGAUCUUCGAGCUGACUGUCAUCAAGGACAAGUACACCGGGCUGCACAAGGGAUGUGCCUUCCUGACAUACUGUGCCCGCGAUUCAGCCCUGAAGGCCCAGAGCGCCCUGCACGAACAGAAGACGCUUCCAGGGAUGAACAGGCCGAUCCAGGUCAAGCCGGCCGACAGCGAGAGCCGAGGAGAAGACCGGAAGCUCUUUGUGGGGAUGCUAGGGAAGCAGCAGACAGAUGAGGAUGUCAGGAAGAUGUUCGAGCCUUUUGGGACCAUAGACGAGUGCACUGUGCUCCGGGGGCCAGACGGCACCAGCAAAGGCUGCGCCUUUGUGAAGUUCCAGACCCACGCCGAGGCCCAGGCGGCCAUCAACACCCUUCACAGCAGCCGGACCCUGCCGGGUGCCUCAUCCAGCCUGGUGGUGAAGUUUGCUGACACGGAGAAGGAGCGAGGUCUCCGCCGAAUGCAGCAGGUGGCUACCCAGCUGGGCAUGUUCAGCCCCAUCGCCCUGCAGUUUGGAGCCUACAGCGCCUACACCCAGGCCCUGAUGCAGCAGCAGGCGGCCCUGGUAGCGGCUCACAGUGCCUACCUCAGCCCCAUGGCCACCAUGGCUGCCGUGCAGAUGCAGCACAUGGCCGCCAUCAAUGCCAAUGGCCUCAUCGCCACUCCCAUCACCCCAUCCUCAGGAACCAGCACCCCUCCUGCCAUCGCUGCCACGCCCGUCUCAGCAAUCCCUGCUGCCCUGGGCGUCAACGGCUACAGCCCGGUGCCCACCCAGCCCACCGGGCAGCCUGCCCCUGAUGCUCUCUAUCCCAACGGGGUUCACCCCUACCCAGCCCAGAGCCCCGCGGCCCCCGUGGACCCCCUGCAGCAGGCCUACGCGGGGAUGCAGCACUACACAGCAGCCUACCCAGCAGCCUACAGCCUGGUGGCGCCCGCGUUCCCGCAGCCUCCCGCCCUGGUUGCCCAGCAGCCCCCACCUCCUCCCCAGCAGCAGCCGCAGCCACCACAGCCGCAGCAACGGGAAGGCCCUGACGGCUGCAACAUCUUCAUCUACCACCUGCCCCAGGAGUUCACGGACUCAGAGAUCCUCCAGAUGUUUGUCCCCUUUGGCCACGUCAUCUCAGCCAAAGUCUUUGUUGACCGGGCCACCAAUCAGAGCAAGUGUUUUGGCUUUGUGAGUUUCGACAAUCCGGCCAGUGCGCAGGCUGCCAUCCAGGCCAUGAACGGUUUCCAGAUUGGCAUGAAGCGCCUCAAAGUCCAGCUAAAGCGGCCUAAGGAUGCCAACCGGCCCUACUGAGGGCCCCCAGGUCUGGAGACACCAGAGGAAGGGGCACCACACCCCUCUCCCCACGUCUGGUCCCAGCCCUCUCUGCACACCUGCCCGGGUCUCGAUGGGGCUCUGGGGCAAAGCUGCUUCACAGCCCUGGGGGAACAGGACACUGGCCCACUCCCACCACCCCACCCCUCCUGAAGGGCCUGUUUCCUCCCAGGUGCCCUUUUGGCCUUUGUGAGGGAGCAAGGGACAGGCUCAAAGGCUCCGGGGUAUCUGCCUUCUGCUGGGGCUCCUGUGGUGACCUUCUAUACCCAGCUUUCACACUUGCCUCCCCCACCAGCGGGCCUGUGGCCCCCGGGAGGGCAGAGGGGCCUCCCACAAGCUCCCCACCUCACCCUCACCCCAGCCUCUUCCCCACAUUAGGGGUUUCUCAGAAGCUGGUUCUCACACUCCCUGCCACCCUCAGCUAGAGGUAGGAUAUCCCUGAACCCUGGGCUCCCAGCCCUAAAACUCACUGCCUCCCCCAUGGGCCCCCUCUAAGGAGGGUGUGGGGGAGCCCUGAGGGCUGCCU